AUGCCCACCGACACUGCUAACAAGUCAAAAGGCAAGCGCCGCUCCACCAGCCAAAAUGGGAACUCUACCGAGUACCAUCUUGUGCAGUGGCUUAUCAUGCGCAGUGGCCGUUCCAUGAAAAGCAAUUUUGAGCGUUUGAAGACAUUGCCCAAAGGCGGCAACGGGGGUCGCGCCAACCUUCACAAGGGUGCGAUUCAGUACCUCGUGGAGAAGGGCUGCUCCAGUGAGCGGCAACCGGACACUGUCAAGGCAAAGAUCCUCUCGUUGAGAAAGAGUUACACUGAGGCCUUGCAGUUCAAGAGCAGCACUGGGGCUGGACAGCUUGAUGGGGAGGAGCAAAACAGCGGUGUCCUCAAGAGGUGCCAGAGGGCGAACAGCGAAGGUCACAGCUAUGGCUAUCUGGAUGGAAGAACGGCGAAGAACGGCGAAGAAUGGCGGAGAACAGCGGAGGGUUGA